AUGGCUGCCACACAGCAGAGAGCAGUGUCACAACCUAACCGCCCUCCAAACUUUCCUCCUCCGGUGGCUCAGGUUACAGUAGAAAACUCCACUGCUAAAGUGAUGGAGAAGUUCAAGAAACUCCACCCUCUGUCUUUCUCUAAGGUCGAAUCAGAUUCACUACAACCUGAGAGGUGGAUUAGUGCCCUGGAGAAGGCUUUUGAAGUGCUAGAAUGUACCAAUGCCCAGAAACUAAUAUGCGCUGGGUACCAGUUACAAAAUGAAGCCGCAGCAUGGUGGAAAUCAGCUCGGCCAAAUCUCGAAGCAACUCAUCCUGACCCAACAUUGGACCAAUUCAAAGAAGUGUUCUUCAAGAAUUACUUCCCUGAGAGCCUCAGAGAUAGAAAGGAAGCAGAGUUCUCUGUCCUUAUGCAAGGAUCAAAGACAGUACUGGAAUUCCAACAACGGUUUGAAAAUCUGCUCCAUUUUGCAUCAGAUCACUUGAGGAAUGAGGUAAGCAAGACCAAGAAGUUUGAGAAGGGACUCAAAUCUGAAAUAGGGGCUAUGUUGUCAAUUAUGGAGAUUGAAACCUAUGCUCGAAUGGUUGAUAAGGCUAAGACUGUUGAAGACAGACUAAAGGAUAAGUUGACUGCAUCACAAGGUUUAACUAAGAGGCCAAGCAAUUUCCAAAAUUACAACUGGCCUAACAAGACUUUCAAGAAUCCUGGCAGCCCUAGUCCACUGCAAUACCAACGGCUGAAAGCGGGCCAAAACUUGCAACCAUACCGUUUGGCCUAUAAUCAGUCAAAUCAGUAUGUUCGUCCGGCUUCUGGUUAA